CUGGCCAGGUGAAGUGAAAACUUGGCAAAAUUUUAAAUAUAAAGCGCCGCUUUUUCGUCCAAGAUCAUUUAAAAUUUUCUCGCUUCCCAGAUAAGAUUCGCGUUUUUUUUUCUCUCUCUGCAAAAAAGGCUUUAUUCAAAAUAGUUCAAGUUAAAAUAGUUCUUACUUUGAGAAUUUUUCUCAAAUUAAAACAAAAGAGCUUACACAUUAAUAAAAAGUAGUUAUUUUCUUGUGAUUGAAAUUUAAAAAAAUAAAAGAAUAAAAAAAAAAGUUACUUACCAACCGUGCAUUAUGUUGGUCUAUCGAAGUUUAUCAUUGGCAGUUGUGAUUUCAUAUUACACAAGCGUAGUGUUAGCGGCAGUGCAGCUAACCCACCUGUCAACCGUCUACCUACCUGGACCAAACAAAACAGAGAACAACGGCUUCACGCUCGAUACAGGCACCGUGGAACAGAUGAGCUAUGACGUCGACAGCAAACUCAUCUACGUUGUAGGCACGAACAUCCUUCAUGUUGUGAACGGUUCAAAUCCCAAGAGUCUGGUACAAGUCCAUGAGAUGGUUGUACCUGACAGUGACAUGACGGAUGUCGAGGUUUGUGGCGGGUACGUCUUCGUGACGGUCGACAACACAGCCGACAGAGGUCAAGGUCAGCUCAGGGUUUACAGGAGGUACUCACGGUCCCGGCGUGCCCUGAAACUGGUCAGCACAGUUGUGGUGGGAACAAUACCUGACAUGCUACAAGUCAGGCCUGACUGUCGAACUGUCAUUAUAGCGUUGGAGGCUGAGGCGUACGAGAGUAAAGGUCAACUACAGGAUCCUAAAGGCGCCGUCGUCAUCAUCCACUUCCCGGAAGGUGUCGAAGGUAAAGUCCGGCCUCAGGUGAAAACUCUGGACUUCACCGACUACAACAACAGGUACCAUGAGCUGCUGCCGUCCGGCAUCCGGUUCGUCUACCGUGAAAACAACAACACGUUCAGUGCUGAUGUGGAACCCGAGUAUGUUGCCAUUGACGAGACCGGUAACAAGGCCUACGUUGUUCUACAGGAGAAUAACGGUGUAGCUGAGAUAGACCUGGUCACAGAAACCAUAACGGCCAUUCAUGGCCUGGGCUACAAGCAGUGGGGGAAUCUGGACACCAGUGAUAAAGACGCUGGUAUCGAGAUCACUUACUGGCCAAUCAGGGCGUGGUUUCUGCCAGAUGCCAUCAAAUUCCACCAAUGGAGGGGCAGGAAAUUGAUCUUCACGGCCAACGAAGGCGACACGAAAAAAUAUUUAGAUUUCGGUUUUGACGAGACGCAGCGAGGAGCGAAAUUCCAGGAAUCUGAUCUGGGGAGUGACAUUCCAUUCAUCAUGAAAGAUGCAUUAAAAGACAAUUCAAGGCUUGGCAGACUGAAGUUCUCCAAGCUGGACGGCCGUGAUGAGAAGGGCCGCUACCAGAGCCUGUACGCCUUUGGUGGGCGGAGCUUCAGCAUCUGGGACGCCGAGAACAGCCUCCAGAGGAUCUACGACAGCGGCAGCAGCAUCGAGGAGACGACGGCGCUCUACUGCCCUCACGUCUUCAACACGGACGGCGAUCACGUCGACGAUAGGUCAGAUGACAAGGGCCCACAGCCAGAAGGUCUGACCGUUGGGGAGAUAGGUGACCGCUUGUACAUCUUCGUCGGCAACGAAAGCCCAGGUACCAUCAGCGUCUACAGCAUAGGCAGUGACGUCACACAGCCCAGGUUUGAGAGCAUCUUCUGCGAGGGUAUCCCCAACGACAGCCGGAACAUGACGGAGAAAUACAGGGCACGUCAGUUGUAUGCGGUGGACCCAGAGGACAUCAGGUUUUACAGUGGUGCCGACAACCCCACCGGCUCCCCCAUCCUCAUGGUGUCGGGGUCUACCUCAGGGACCGUCACCAUCCUCAAGAUCAACGUCGAUGAGCAUGCGCAGAUACUCUCUGCCGAAAGUCCCGCCAAUUCAGCAGACGUGAAGCAUACGCAAACUAACGGUGAACACAACGACAGUGCUUUACUGCGUAAGUUUGUUCAAAGAGUUCAACUAUCCUGGCUUGCCUUCUGGUAUUAUUGAGGUGGUUUUGAGAUGAAGGUAUACAGGUUCAAUGUCUUAAGGUUGUUUCUAUUUGCUUUCAAAAAGAUUUUGUGAUAGUAUUGGGCGUAGAUGGAUAUGUUAUUUAAGAUGUGUGCGUGUUGUGUGUUAAAUGAAAUGAUUCUUUGUUAUAAAGCGUGUUUGUGUACACCUUAAAAAAUUGUACUGAUGUAUUAACUGACAAAAUAAUAACAAGUAUCUAUUUAUUAUAUUUGAAUAUGUAUAUGAAAUACAUUAUGUUGUUCAUAUGUUAAUAUGU